AUGGAAGAUUCAAGUGAAUUAAAUAAAUCAAUUGAAGAAAAUGAAGAUCUGGAGAGCGAAGUUAACGAAGAAAAUCAAAAUGAAGAAAAUGAAAGUGAAGAAAAUGAAAGUGAUGUAAACGAAAGUGUAGAAAAUGAAAGUGAAGAAAAUGUAAAUGAAGAAAAUGUAAAUGAAGAAAAUGUAAAUGAAGAAAAUAAAAAUAAAGACAACAUGAAUAUGUAUCAAGAAAAUGGUAAUAAUAAUAAUAAUAAUAAUAAUAAAAAUAAUAAAUUAAAGAAUUCAUUUCAUAGUAAUAUGAAUGAAUUAAAAAAUAAUUUAAAUUAUAAUAAUAUAAAUAAUAAUAAUAUGAAUAAUAUGAAUAAUAAUUUAGGUACUAAAAAUUUAGAAGAAAAUGAAGGUUUUAGUCAAUAUAAAAUGAAUCAGGAAGAUCUUGUUAAUGAUAAUAAAAAGUAUUCAAAUGAAAAAUAUGGAGAUAUGACUAAUCAUAGUAAAAAUAGUUUUAAAAAUAGGAAUGAACAUAUGACGAUAGAUGAACAGAAAAAUUCUUCUAAACAUGAAAAAAAUAGAUAUGAUAAUAAUUUAGUUUUUCAACCAUCUGAUGAAAAAAAUAGAAAUUUAUUUCAAGGUCAUAAUAAAAAAUUUACAUUCCCAUCCUUAUCUCCAACAGAUGUAUUAAUACCAGGAAAAGAACAUGAAAAUAUAACCAUGUAUCAUUUUAACCCUGAAAAAUUUGGUUAUAAAUAUAAUAAUGGAUUAAAACCUUCAGAAGGAUACUUAUUAAUAUAUCCUCAUAUAUCGCAUAAUUCUAUAGCUCCAAAAAUUAAAAAAAAAAAAAUGAGAUGUUGUUAA